GAAAUAUGCUCCACUCGCGGCGGUUAUGACCCUUACUCGCUGCAAGUAUACCGACUCGAGCAAGUACAAGAGCGGAAAAGUAUCGGGCAAGCGACAGAAGGCCAUCAACAGCACCCAAAAACACGAUGAGGCGGAAGAAGCGGACGAUCGACCGGAGAACGAGGAUGCUUCCCAGCUGAUCGACGACCGGGAAUACGAUUCGGUGGUUAGCAGUACGAUGCACGUGACGAAACGCAUCCUCAACACGCAGCAUGUGGCCAUCAUUCAGCCGUACAUUAAGUGGGGUCCACGGAAGAGUGCCACCAAGCCCGAGCUUAUGCUACAGGAAGCGGAAGCGUUGGUACGUUCGUUGCCCAAGUGGAACAUCGAACUGAGCUUGAAGGUGCCAGUAGAAACGCUGGAGAAGCGACAGCUGUUCGGAACCGGCAAGCUGGAGGAGUUGAAGGCGAUCCUCCGUGCGCAACAGGAAGCAGGCACACUGUUGACUUGCGUUUUCAUCAGCAAAGGAACGCUAACGUAUGGCCAGAAACAAACGCUCGAAAACGAGUUUCGCCUACCGGUGAUGGACCGGUACUCGGUGGUGGUGCAAAUACUUCGGCUUCACGCGGUCAGCAUGGAAGCAAAGCUGCAGGUGGCACUCGCCGAGCUGCCCUACAUCUGGUCGCAAGUGAAGGAUCAGGAAGCGGGGAGCUCCGGGAAAGGAGCAAUCGGUGGACGCAUUUUUCUGAGCGACUCUCAGCGCCAAAUGUUGCAACUAAGGGAGCGUAAGUUACGCCACGAGCUGUCCACAAUCCGGUCGCACCGGGAAUUGCUGCGUAAUCGACGAAAGCAAAAAGCUUUCCCGAUCGUGGCGGUCGUGGGGUAUACGAAUGCUGGUAAAACUUCGCUCAUCAAGGCGCUAACGCAGGAGCAAAGUCUGCAGCCUCGCGAUCAGCUGUUCGCGACACUAGACGUGACGGCACACGCUGGAUUGCUGCCCUGUCAGCUCGAGGUACUGUACAUGGACACGGUUGGCUUCAUGGCGGACAUUCCGACGGGUUUGAUCGAGUGUUUUGUGGCCACUCUCGAGGAUGCCAUGUUGGCGGAUGUGAUCGUACACGUCCAGGACAUGGCCCAUGAGGCUCACCCCGAACAGCGGGCUCACGUCGAACGGACACUGCAAUCUUUGAUGCGGGACGGUGACCGUAAACUAACUGAAGAUCGUAUCAUCAACGUAGGCAACAAAAUCGACUUGGUGCCGGAUCCGAGCGAUCUACCUAGAUCCGCGGAUACUGACGCCGAUGAUCGUUUGCAUCUCAUCUCUUCGCAAACGUUGCACGGGGUGCACGAACUGCUGAUGGAAGUGGAACGUAGGGUGUUGCGGGUGACUGGCCGCCAACGGAUGGUGAUACGAGUUCCGAUGGGUGGUCAGGAGGUGGCGUGGUUGUACAAGAAUGCUGCGGUCACGGAGACCGCUGCCGACUCGGAAAACGCCGAACGGAUGUUAGUGAGUGUUGUGAUAACCGAAGCCAAACUGCAGCAGUUCCGACAUCUCUUCAUUCGCAACCACAGCCUCUGA